AUGAUUGUCGAUAUGAUAAAAGUUGGAAGCGAAUGGGCGAUGGAACACCUGACGCCGAGUCUGGUGCCUUGUGUUAGUGUUAGCAGUUGUGGGUUGCUCAGCGUCGUCGUCACCGUUGUCUUUACGAUUUCAUUUGUUCUCUUCUACAGAAGGAAACAAACCCUAGCUCCCAGACACAGCAAGGUGUUUGGAAGAGAUGGACCUGAUGUCAUCGUGAUCGGUUCCGGGGUGGCUGGCUCAGCUGUGGCCACAGUCCUGGCUCGAGAUGGCAGGAGAGUCACCGUUAUUGAGAGAGACAUGAAAGAGCCGGAUAGAAUUGUUGGCGAGCUGCUGCAGCCAGGAGGAGUUCGAGCCCUUGCCAAACUAGGAUUGAGUGACUGUAUUAGAGACCUAGAUGCACAUACAAUUAAAGGCUACGUGAUACACAACAUGGAGGAGAAAACAGAGGUGAUUGUACCGUAUCCAAAGCAGGAGGAAGAGAACAAUAUGGUCAGUGGUUCGGCGUUUCAUCAUGGCAGAUUCAUCAUGGCACUGAGAGAACAGGCUAGAAGAGAACCACACGUCACUUACAUUGAAGGCACUGCCAGCAAGCUUCUGGAGGAGAGUGGCGCAGUAGUUGGAGUACAGUACAAGCCCAAGGACAGUGAUCAAAGCCUGCAAAUCUAUGCUCCGCUGACCUUUGUCGUCGACGGCUGUUUUUCCAAGUUCAGGAAGGAACUUGUGAAGGAGCAGGUGAAAGUGACCUCUCACUUUGUGGGUCUGUUAAUGCAUCACUGCCCGCAGAAGGUCAGCAACCAUGCAGAGUUGGUGCUGGCCCACCCUAGUCCAGUGCUGGUGUAUCAGAUCUCAUCCGAGUGUACCCGCGUCUUAGUAGAUGUUCGCGGUGUCAUGCCCAAGGACAUCAAGGAAUUCCUCUUGACCUCUAUCUGCCCACAGUUGCCAGAGCACAUACAGGAGCCGUUUGCAGAUGGUGUUGUCAAUGGGCGUGUGAGAACCAUGCCUAACAGUUUUCUACCGCCCAGUCCACUGGAAAGGCCUGGCGUGUUGGUUCUGGGGGAUGCCUACAACAUGAGGCACCCUUUGACUGGAGGAGGCAUGAGUGUUUGUCUCAACGAUGCAGUUAUAUGGAGAGAGUUGCUUCGAGACAUCCCUGACCUCUCAGAUUAUGAAGCCAUCAUCAAAGCCUUGAGGGUGUUUCAUCGCAGGAGGAAGAGCAACCAUUCCUUUGUGGUCAAUGUGCUGGCAAAUGCUUUAUAUGAAUUAUUUGCAGCUAAUAACGAACAUCUAGUCUGUAUGAAGAAAGCUUGCUUCGAAUAUUUCCAGCUGGGAGGACAGUGUAUAGAUGGACCAGUCAGUCUACUGUCUAUAUUAAACCCAAAACCACAUGUGCUGAUUGGACACUUCUUUGCUGUAGCAUUGUAUGCUGUAUAUUUUGUGUUUCGCUCGGAACCAUUCUGGGCUCUGCCUCGCUCAGUGUAUCGCUCCUGUAUGAUCCUCCUGUCUGCCUGCCAGGUGAUUCUGCCACUAGUCUGGAGUGAGACUAAGACUUUGUUGCUGCCCUGA